GUCUGCCGCGCUCGGCGCGCUCUGCCUCCGACCCCGUUGCCUGGGCUCCCGUGUCCGCGCGGCGAGGACGCGCACUUCCAGCGCUGGAGAUUGCCAGACAUGGCGGCGGAUCUCAAUCCGGAGUGGCUGUCUUGCCUCCCGUCUUCUUGGAGUUAUGGGGUCACCCGGGACGGACGUGUCUUCUUCAUCAACGAACAGGCUAAGAGUACAACCUGGUUGCAUCCAGUCACUGGUGAGGCCGUAAUUACUGGACACAGGAAAACUCCAGACUUGCCCACUGGCUGGGAAGAAGGAUUCACGUUCGAGGGAGCUCGGUGCUUCAUAAAUCAUAAUGAAAGGAAGGUAACUUGCAAGCACCCUGUCUCAGGUCUGCCAUCCCAAGACAACUGCAUCUUCGUGGUCAGCGAGCACUUGAAUUCUGGAAAGCUCAUUCAUCCUGUAAUAAACAGACCAGCUUCCAAAAUGACAUCUCAAGAAAAAAAAGACAGACCUGUGAGCACAAUGAGUGAGGCCUCAAACUACACGAUGGCCUCAGAGUAUGCCACCCAUCCUGGGAGUCCCAUAGGCCGCCCCUCAAGAUCUUCAAAAAAGGUUCAUAAUUUUGGAAAGAGGUCGAACUCAAUAAAGAGAAACCCAAAUGCACCCGUGAUCAAGAGUGGCUGGCUUUACAAACAGGACAGCACUGGGAUGAAGCUGUGGAAGAAGAGGUGGUUUGUGCUCUCUGAUAUGUGCCUGUUCUAUUACAGAGAUGAAAAAGAGGAAGGUAUCCUUGGAAGUAUUCUUCUGCCUAGUUUUCAUAUAUCUAUGCUUUCUGUGGAUGACCACAUAAACAGGAAAUAUGCAUUCAAGGCAACACAUCCAAACAUGCGGACCUAUUACUUCUGCACUGAUACAGCCAAAGAAAUGGAGUCGUGGAUGAAAGUGAUGACAGACGCAGCUCUUGUGCACACAGACCCAAUCAAGAGCAGACUGGAAAAGCCGAAAGUAGAGCACCGCAUUCCUCCGGAGGUGAACAACAUUGUGAACCACCGCGUGCUCACCAGGCCUGAAGUUCAGAACAACGAGCGCAACCGGGAAGUGGGCAGGUUCGAGGAAAAGAAGCAGAAGGACGCGGAGAAAUACGGCUUCCAGAAGGACGGAAUCGAGAGGCCCCUGACGAAGAUUAACAGUAUCAAGCUGCAGCCAGCGGUGGCGGCGGCCGUGACCGCCGCGGUGACGCGGGAGGCCGAAAACCCGCCGGCAGGCUUGAUACAGGCGGGGCAGUACAAGCCCGUCCAGGUCAACGGGGCAGGAGAGCGCGCGGGAAACAUAAGCCCAGGCGAGAUGGGGAACGCGCUGGGCCAGAGGAGUCAGCACCUGCACCACGAGCCAGAGCGGACCAUCCAGAGGACAAACUCCAUGCAGCAGCUGGAGCAGUGGGUGAGGACCCAGAGAGUCCGGGGACAAGAGGAUGAGACCAGAAGCAUUACCUCCUAUCAGACGCUUCCCAGAAACAUGCCAAGUUACCGAGCGCAGGUUGUCCCACAUUACCCAGAGGGCUACAGGACGCUGCCUCGGAACAUCGGCACGAGGCCAGACAGCAUCUGCAGCAUUUCCCCGUCGGUGUACGACCGGGCGCUGGGGCCGCUGGGCCCCGACGAUAAGCGCAGGUCCAUGCGGGACGACACCAUGUGGCAGCUUUACGAGUGGCAGCAGCGGCAGGUCUAUACCAAGCAAGGCCCCAUGGGAGGCUACGGCACCCUUACCAGCCCCAAGACCAUGAUCAAUAUUUCCGACCACGCGUCGCACUCCAUUCCCCCAUCGCCUUCCCACGGCUCCCUAGCCCUCUACCAGGGCUACUCGCCGCUCCGCUCCUACAACGUGGGCUCCAGAUCAGAAGUGUCCUCGCCCGUGUUCAGAGGAGACAUCACCAUUGACCGCCGCCACCGGCCCCACCUCACCAAGUAUGCCUAUCCACCUGACAGAAGGUCAGUGCCAGCGGGCAUCCCUGUACAAACUAUCACUCCACAGGCCUUACAAGGCAAAACGCCAGAGGAGCUGACCCUGCUGCUCAUCAAGCUGCGGCGGCAGCAGGCAGAGCUGAAUAGCAUCCGGGAGCACACUUUAGCACAGCUUAUGCAACUAAAUCUCGAUGCCAGCAACCCAAAGAAUGAGAUUCUCUCACAUCAUCUGCAAAGGAACCUCAUGUAUUUGGAUAACCAGAUGAAAGAAAAUGAACCUUUAAUCAUCAUGGUUCACACUAUGAUUGAGAACUCAGCGCCAAGGCCACAACUGUACCAGCAAAUGUCCCAAGAUGAGUAUAGGGAUGCACCAUAUGUCUACAGGCCAGAAGAACUUGACAUUGAUGCUAAGCUUAGCAGAUUGUGCGAACAGGACAAAGUGGUUCGAACGCAAGAAGAAAAGCUGCAGCAGCUUCACAGCGAGAAGCACACUUUGGAGCAGGCGCUCCUGGCUGCGAGUCAGGAAAUCGAGAUGAAUGCGGACAAGCCGGCAGCGAUCCAGAGUGUGGUCCAGCAGAGGGACGUGCUACAGAGCGGGUUGCUCAGCACGUGCCGAGAGCUGACCCGGGCCAACACAGAACUGGAAAGGUCUUGGAGGGAGUAUGACAGGUUAGAGUCUGAAGUCACUAUGGCCAAGAACAAUCUUCAUGAGCAGCUGGAGGCUCUUGGGAAUCCUCAGUCUGAGGUCUCCAGUCAGCAGCAUGCUCAGAUACAGAAGGAGCUGUGGAGAAUACAAGAUGUGAUGGAGGCGCUGAGUAAAAACAAACCCCAGAGAAGCACUGGAGAUGCAGGUUUUCUGGGAUCCAAACCAAUUUCAAAUAAAUAUAAAAGUGAGGAAGAGGACUCUGUGCCUCCUCGGCCUCCCCUUCCUCAGUCCUAUGAUUUCACCGAACGGCCUCCUAUAGUCCCCCCUCUGCCCACUAACAGCAGCCUUCAGCUGCACGCAGUCAGGGGAGUAGUCCACCGGCCAGAGGACAGGAAGAUGCACCACGCGCAGGGCUGUCAGAGAAACGGCGCGCACACUGGCCCUGACUAUAGGUUGUACAAGAGUGAACCUGAGUUAACAACAGUGGCAGAAGUUGAUGAGUCCAAUGGAGAUGAGAAAUUGGAGCAGUCUACAGAGAAAGAGUCAUCCAGCGCUAAAGGUAUUUCCUACCCUGUUGGAAUUGUGCCUCCUAGGACAAAGUCACCCAUGCCAGAGUCAUCUACAAUAGCUUCCUAUGUCACCUUAAGGAAAAGCAAGAAGUUAGAUUCUAGAAUGGACCGCCCCAGGAGUGCGGUGGAGCAGCUGUGCCUGGUGGAGACCUCGCGGCCACGCAUGAGUGUGGAGGAGCAGCUGGAGAGGAUCAGGCGGCACCAGCAGGCCGCGCUGCGAGAGAAGAAGAGAGGCCUGAGCAUCAUUGGGAGCCAAGAAAACUCCCCCUCCAGAAGCCCUUCCUUCUCCAAAGAAAACCCCUUCAAGUCCCUGCAGGUCCGUAAAAGGGAUGACGUUGUCUCUAGUGACAUCAAAGAAAUAGAGGCCUCCCUUCGAGACCAGGAUUUGGACAAGGACCAAGAAACUCCUGCGGAGGAAAUUGCGCGGCUCAAGGAGGCAGUGGAGUCUGAGCGGUACAAUGUUGACAAAGAGCUGUCUAAACCAGAAAAGGUCCUGAUCCCAGAGAGGUACGUGGAGUCAGACCCCGAGGAGGCUCUGAGCCCGGAACAGGAGGCAGACAAACAGAAGAAAGUGGACAGAAUCAAAGCGAUCAUUGCCAAAAACAGCAUGCAGAAUGUGGUGCCUGUGGUUAACCUCAAGACCGAGGACACCACAGAGGAGGAAACUACUGUUCAAGAGCAGGAGAAGAUGAUCAACAUCUCGUAUGAACUGGCAGCAGAGGCUUCCAAACGAAGCAAGCUUGUAGCAGUGAAAAGCCUAUCCUCUCCACCUCAGUCCCCAACCUCUCCAUCUUCACCAUCACCCCCCCAGCUCGCUGAAGGAUCCCACUUCAUGUGUGUAUAGUAGAGCAACACUCAAGCUCUGGCGUCUGUUAAGUCGUACACAUGAAAGGUGCCAGAAUGAAGACUUCCACGCUCCGUGUCGUGUCCCCCACACCAGGCUGUGCAGGGAGAUCCCAAUACGCGUCAGCACACAGCACCCUAAGGACCAAGGGAGCUCAGUUACAGCUGGGACGUAGCUUCCUUUCACCUCGCCUCCAACCGCGACGCCACCCCUGCAUUGAGAAAUGAUAGGAUAUUUCUCAUCAUUAUUAUUAUUAUUAUGAUUUUAUUAUUAUGAGUGCUGUUCAUUCUUUCUUUCAGUGAUGUCUCAGGCCUGUCACCGGUGUCUGACAGCCAGUGGCCCUUGAGAAAGAGAGCUCAUCCAGAGAAUGAAGGCUGUACAGCUGUAGAUGCACCGGGUUACACUCUUCCAGUGCUAGACACUUCCUGAAGUUUCCCUCUCAUGAAUGGUGCCAAUAUUUUUUAAUUAAGAUUCAGGAACAUGAGUUCUUUUUUGCUUAUAUUAUUCCUAUUACUGUUACUAUGUUUAUUUUAUUACUUAUUUUAGUGUUUAAAAUUCAUUAGUGCUUUUUUGACAUAUCUCAUGCAACAUUUCCUUUAGUAAUUCAGUGUACAAACCAUCUGGUUUCUUUUAUAUAUAUAUAUAAUUGAUUUAUAAUACAACAAGGUGCCACUUUACUGCUGCAGAUUGACAAAUUUGUAUUAAUAUUGUUGUAUUUAUUUAUACGUCGGGAUGUCUGCAGUUUCUGCCGCACUGUUUCCGACACACACGUGAAUGUUCCAGCUUAAUCUGCUUCUUGAUUUUGUUUUCUAUUUUGGAAAAAAAAGAAGUUUUAAGAAGUUUGGUUCAAUUUACAGGCUGGAGGAGUACUGGGCUUUUUAGAAGAGAAUAGCACAUGUAAAAAGCAAUAAGCAAGCUCUGUAAUCCAGUACUUCGGUUUGUGUACAAAAUGUAAUUAAGUUCAUUGUGUAUAUAACAUACAAUGGGCAAAGCUGAUGUAACUAUAAGAUGCUACUUAUUAGAGUUAAUAUGCAAAUGUUCAUAUCUCAUCUGUUUUAUAUCAUGUUAAAUAAAUGUUGAUGUUCUUAC